UUCUCUUCUCUUCUCUUCUCGCUUCCUUCCUUUCUUUUCUUCCCCCCUUUUCUCUCUCUCUCUCCCUCCCAAAUCAGAAUCCACACAAACGCACACAGACACGAAAAAAAUAGGAGAGAGAGAGAGAGAGAGAGAGCUGGAAAUACAGAGCUUAUUAUUACAGCUAUAAUAUACCAUUUCUUAUUACAUCUCAACACUAAUUAAAUUAUCUCUCUUUCUCUCUAAAAACCCUAAUUUGGGGUCCAUGAGGUGGUGGAUACCGUAGAUCUCAGAGACUUCGAAUCUCUGAAACCCCCCCAAAACAAAAACGACACCGUAUUGAAAGGCUUAAGGCAAUAGCAAUGGGGACGGAGCUAGGGCAACAAACGGUGGAGUUCUCGGCGCUGGUGAGCCGAGCGGCGGAGGACUCCUUCGUAGCCCUAAAGGAGCUGGUGGAGAAGGAGAAGGAGAAGUCUCAGUCGCUGUUGUUGUCGUCUUCGACAUCGACGUCGACGUCGUCGUCGUCUUCGGGCGAAGCUUCGCAGCUGGAUACGGAGAGGAAGAUCAACUUGCUCAAGUACAUCGUCAAAACCCAGCAGCGCAUGCUCCGCCUCAACGUUCUCGCCAAGUGGUGCCAACAGGUUCCUUUGAUACAGUACUGUCAGCAACUUGGAUCCACACUAUCAAGUCAUGAUACAUGUUUCACCCAAGCUGCAGAUUCACUGUUUUUCAUGCAUGAGGGGCUACAGCAAGCUCGUGCUCCUGUCUAUGAUGUGCCUUCUGCUAUAGAAGUCCUCCUUACAGGGACUUAUGAGCGCUUACCAAAAUGUAUAGAGAACGUGGGUAUUCAGAGCACAUUAACUGAGGAUCAGCAAAAGCCAGCUUUGAAAAAGUUGGACACGCUUGUGCGGUCUAAAUUACUUGAAGUUUCACUGCCAAAAGAAAUUUCUGAGGUAAAAGUUUCUGAUGGCACUGCACUGCUUCGUGUAGAUGGGGAAUUUAAGGUUUUAGUUACGCUUGGUUACCGAGGACAUCUAUCAAUGUGGAGGAUAUUACAUUUGGAACUGCUGGUUGGUGAGAGAAGUGGGCUUGUGAAGCUGGAGGAAUUACGACGGCAUGCUCUUGGAGAUGACCUAGAGCGUAGAAUGGCUGCAGCAGAAAACCCAUUUAUAACAUUAUAUACAGUUCUCCAUGAGCUUUGCGUUGCACUUGUCAUGGAUACUGUCAUAAGGCAAGUACAAGCUCUUCGACAAGGAAGGUGGAAAGAUGCAAUUCGAUUUGAGCUCAUAUCUGAUGGUAGUACAGGUCAUGGAGGGAGUGCUGGUUCCACACAAUUGAAUCCAGACGGAGAAGCUGAUUCAUCUGGUCUCCGAACACCUGGAUUAAAAGUUUUAUACUGGUUAGAUUUUGAUAAGAACUCCGGGACAUCUGACUCAGGAUCAUGUCCAUUUAUUAAAAUUGAGCCAGGACCAGAUCUGCACAUAAAGUGUCUUCAUAGCACAUUUGUUAUAGAUCCAUUAACUGGGAAGGAGGCAGAAUUUUCUCUUGACCAAAGUUGCAUUGAUGUUGAGAAGUUGCUACUAAGAGCUAUAUGUUGUAAUAGGUAUACUCGUUUGCUUGAAAUUCAGAAAGAGCUGGGGAAAAAUGUGCAGAUCUGCCGAGUGGUAGGUGAUGUUGUCCUUCAGUCACACUUGGAAGAACCUGAUAUUGACUAUAGAAAGAAGGACAAUAAGUCUGGCACUAGGGAUUAUGAGGGGCAGGAAGUAUUACGUGUUCGUGCCUAUGGCUCAUCUUUCUUUACCCUUGGAAUUAAUAUAAGGAAUGGUCGCUUUCUCCUUCAGUCAUCCCGGAAUAUUCUUGAACCUUCAGUAUUGACAGAAUGUGAAGAAGCUUUGAACCAAGGAAGCAUGACUGCAGCUGAGGUUUUCAUAAGCUUGAGAAGCAAAAGUACUCUGCAUUUAUUUGCAUCUAUUGGCAGGUUUUUAGGCCUUGAGGUAUAUGAGCAAGGUUUUGCUGCAGUUAAAGUACCCAAGAACAUUGGGAAUGGUUCAUCUAUGUUGCUGAUGGGGUUUCCAGACUGUGGGAGCUCAUAUUUUCUGUUGAUGUUACUUGAUAAGGAUUUUAAACCCCUGUUUAAGUUGUUAGAGACUCAGCAAGAUCCAUCUGGAAAAGCCCAUUCUUUUAAUGACCUAAAUAAUGUGAUGCGUAUAAAGAAUAUUGAUAUUGGCCAGAUGCAGAUGCUUGAAGAUGAAAUGAAUUUGAGCCUACUUGACUUGGGAAAACGACAUUCCUUUCUGCCUAGUGCAGGAGGUCCUAAUCAGACUUCUGAACAUGGUAUUCUUUCUGAUAUUGGUCUUGAGAGUUCUAUGCAGCUUGCAGAGUGUCCUUCUUCUAGUUUUUCAUCUGUUGUUGAUGAGGUGUUUGAACUUGAGAAAGGGUCAUCUGUGCCUCCAUUCUCUGUUCAGAAUCUCUCCUCAUCGUACAACACAUCUCCUGCUUCUCAUUUUGGCUCUGCUCCAAUGAAUCUUCAUAGUUUAAAAGCUGGAACCCCUUCUCCUAAGUGGGAGGGAGGUAUGCAGAUAUCACAGAUCAAUAAUGUUGCAAAAGUUUCGAGUAUGGCAACUCAUUAUAAUGGAUCUUUGUAUUCAUCGGGCAAUUUGAAGGGCCCUGUACAGUCCAAUUCAGUUGGUUCACUAUCUUCUGUCACAGGAAGGAGUGCAACUGUGAAAAAGCUAUCAGCAUCGAAGUCUGAGCAGGAUUUGGCUUCACUUAGAUCUCCACAUUCAGUUGAGGCCACAACAGAUGAAGAUCAGCUCAGAUUGCUAAAUGAUACUUCAAAGGAUUCAGUGUAUGGGAGUCGGUCAGCUCGACUAUUAUCUCCUUCCCGAACCACUGGCCCUCGAAUGCCUGUGCCAGGUGCAAAACCUAAUGGACUUAGAAGUUCACCUACCGGGCCUCUAGCUGGAUCUUUCAGAGUUGCUGGAUCAAGUUCAUGUACUACAACUCCCGUAUCCCAUACACCAGAACCUGCAAUUUGUCAAAGUCCUAGUCAAGAUGUUUCCAAGCAUGAUAAAAAUCCUCGAAAGCGUAUGGUUUCAGAUAUUUUGAGUUCAAUUCCAUCACUUCAAGGUCUCGAAGAAAAUACAGGAUUUUAUAAGAGAAGGAAAAUCUCGGAGUCCACUCAUUCUCAACAGCCUUCAUCUCAGGCACUUUUAUCAAUAGAGAUGGUUGCUAAAAGUGAAGGAUAUAGCUAUGGGAAUCUUAUAGCUGAAGCAAAUAAAGGCAAUGUGCCUUCCGGCAUUUAUGUUUCAGCUCUGCUUCAAGUGGUCAGACACUGUUCACUCUCUAUCAAGCAUGCCAGACUGACUAGCCAGAUGGAGACACUAGAGAUCCCUUAUGUUGAAGAGGUGGGGUUAAGAAAUGCAUCCUCGAACAUAUGGUUCCGGCUUCCAUUUGCUAGAGGUGACUCAUGGCAACACAUUUGCUUGCGGCUUGGCAGACCCGGAAGCAUGCAUUGGGACGUCAAAAUAAAUGAUCAGCACUUCAGGGAUUUAUGGGAGCUUCAGAAAGGAAGCAGUAGUACACCAUGGGGUUCUGGCGUUCGCAUAGCCAAUACAUCUGAUAUCGAUUCACAUAUUCGAUAUGAUCCAGAUGGUGUUGUUCUGAGUUAUCAAUCUGUUGAGGCUGACAGUAUAAAGAAGUUGGUGGCUGAUAUCCGAAGGCUCUCUAAUGCAAGAAUGUUUGCCCUUGGCAUGCGGAAACUCCUUGGAGUAAGAGCAGAUGAGAAGCCAGAAGAGUGCAGUGCAAACUCUGAUGUUAAAACACCAGUUGGAGCCAAAUGUGCUCUUGAGACAGCUGAUAAGUUGUCAGAGCAGAUGAGAAGGGCAUUUAGAAUUGAGGCAGUUGGACUAAUGAGCUUGUGGUUUAGUUUUGGUUCAGGUGUUCUAGCUCGCUUUGUUGUUGAGUGGGAAUCAGGUAAAGAGGGUUGCACAAUGCAUGUUUCUCCCGACCAACUUUGGCCACAUACAAAGUUUCUGGAAGAUUUCAUAAAUGGAGCUGAAGUUGCAUCACUUUUGGACUGCAUUCGCCUCACUACAGGGCCCUUGCAUGCUCUUUCAGGUGCAACUCGACCGGCACGAGCUGGUCCUGUUCCAGGGGUCCCUGGGGUAGCUUUCCCAAAACAGCCAGGGUACAUAACAUCUCCAGGUCUCUUGCCUGGCAGUUCAACAACAAAUGUUAGUCAGGCUACCUCUGUUCCUCCAGGGAACCCAACUCCAUCUUCAGCUACAGGUCCUCCUCCCAAUCACAGCCUUCAUGGAGCGCCAAUGUUAAAUGCUGCUGGGCGUGGUGGCCCAGGCAUUGUUCCAAGCUCUCUGUUGCCUAUUGAUGUCUCAGUUGUGCUACGUGGUCCUUACUGGAUACGAAUCAUAUAUCGUAAGCACUUUGCGGUUGACAUGCGCUGCUUUGCUGGAGAUCAGGUGUGGUUGCAACCGGCAACACCGCCGAAGGGGGGCUCUGCAGUUGGAGGGUCAUUGCCAUGUCCACAGUUUCGCCCUUUUAUUAUGGAGCAUGUUGCCCAAGAACUCAAUUGUUUAGAUCCUAAUUUUGCCAGUACUCAACAGAUGGCUGGGCUAGCAAAUUCAAAUGGUCAAAACCCAAGUACAGUUGCUCAGUUGUCUGCUGCCAAUGGAAACCGAGUUAACCUCCCUAGUUCUGCUGCAAUGUCUAGGGCAGGAAACCAAGUAGCUGGUAUAAACCGUGUGGGAAAUGCUCUAGGAACUUCAAAUUUAGCUGUUAUGGGCUCUGGAGUGGCUUUACGUAGAUCCCCAGGCACAAGUGUCCCUGCACAUCUGCGAGGUGAACUGAAUACUGCCAUUAUUGGUCUUGGGGAUGAUGGAGGGUAUGGAGGUGGUUGGGUUCCUCUGGUUGCACUAAAGAAGGUUCUAAGAGGUAUACUCAAGUACCUUGGAGUGCUAUGGCUAUUUGCCCAGCUACCAAAUCUUUUGAAAGAGAUCCUAGGAUCAAUUUUGAAAGACAAUGAAGGUGCACUUCUGAAUUUGGACCAGGAGCAGCCUGCCUUGCGCUUCUUUGUAGGGGGCUAUGUAUUUGCUGUAAGUGUCCAUAGAGUUCAACUUCUUCUUCAAGUCCUCAGUGUGAAGCGCUUCCACCAUCAUCAACAGCAGCAACAACAACAGCAGCCAAACUCCGCUGCUGCACAGGAAGAACUUACUCAACCUGAAAUUAGUGAGAUAUGUGACUACUUUAGCCGUCGUGUUGCAUCAGAGCCAUAUGAUGCUUCACGUGUUGCUUCAUUCAUUACUCUUCUCACCUUACCCAUAUCAAUUCUAAGAGAAUUCUUGAAAUUAAUAGCAUGGAAAAAAGGAUUAGCCCAGGUACAAGGUGGAGACUUAGCCCCUGCGCAGAAACCACGUAUUGAAUUAUGUCUUGAAAAUCACACAGGGUUGAGUACGGAAGAGAACUCUGAGAACUCAUCUGUAGCGAAAAGCAAUAUCCAUUAUGAUCGGCCCCAUAAUUCUGUUGAUUUUGCUCUCACUGUUGUUCUGGAUCCUGCACACAUACCUCACAUAAAUGCUGCUGGUGGUGCUGCUUGGUUGCCCUACUGUGUUUCUGUUAGGUUAAGAUUUUCAUUUGGAGAAAACCAGAAUGUGUCUUUUCUUGGUAUGGAAGGAAGCCAUGGAGGCCGAGCUUGCUGGUUCCGUGUUGAUGACUGGGAGAAAUGUAGAGUGGGGGUGGCUCGAGCUGUGGAGGUUAAUGGAUCUUCGACAGCAGAUGUUAGUCAAGGUAGAUUGAGAAUAGUUGCAGAUAGUGUGCAAAGAACACUGCAUAAGUUCCUUCAAGGGUUAAGGGAUGGUGGUGGGGUUACUGCAAGCUCUGGGUCAACGUGAUUAAUUGGCACCCUGUCAGUAGCAAUAUAUGGUUCUGAAAUAUUGGUAUUUGCCAGCGAGUCUCUUGGGGGUCUUGUAUAGAUAUGUCAUGGAAUGUGCUUUCUUCUAUUCUUAGGUAAUGCAAUUGAGUCGAUGGAGGGAGUUGCAGUGAUGGGUGAAUAGAGUCCGGGUAAAACGUGAUUAAAGAUGUUUGAAUGAUGAACUCACAGAGCUCGCAGGCGGGGGGGAGAUUGACAGAGCUGACUUAGACCUCUCAUAAGUAGGGCGGAUGAUGUUUUUGGACGUAGAUCAUCUGAUAAUUAGGGUGUAAAAUGUUUUUGAAGAUUAGUAUAUUUUAUCAUUGGUAACAUAAUUUUGGGGCAGUGGUUUUUCCUUGUACAGGUCACACUAGACAAAUUAGAUACGAACUUUGUAAAAAAUUUGUUUCAGCUGGAGUUGUAUACCCCUAUGGGACACUUUUAAGGAUGCUCAUUUUCUCUAAAAGCGAUUCAAGGAUAAUUAACCUGUGAUUACAAUUUUA